AUGCAGAGGCGUACUUUUCCAAUUUGCAACCUGGGGGAGGUUGGCCUUAAAUUGCAUCUGUCCGACAAAAUUAAGGUAGGAUCUCCUAUUGAAUUCAAUAUGUGUGAUGAUAUAAUUCAAUCAGUGAAAGAAGAGCUGUUAGAUAUUGAAAAUAUCAGUAUUAAUACUGAGGAACCAUCAUUCGAUACUUUGCCAGUAGAGAUUAUCCUAAAAAUAUGCUCAUACCUAGAUCCAUACUUCUUGAGAAACACUUUUAGUAAAAUCUGCAGAAGGUUUGAGGACAUACUAGCAGAUGAACAUCUAUGGAAGCAUUGGGUUCACAGUAAGAUAAAAGGAUGUUUUCCUGUGUUACUUGACUGUAAAAUGGUAGAUAAUGCCUUAAAUUGGGAGGAUGUCUGCAUAGAUAUGGAUGUAGAAAAGAGAAAGUGGACAAAUGUCAAGAAUACUAUGAGGCAUAUUGUUGUUAAAGAUGUUCAUUUUGCUUCUGUGGAUACUGUUCUCUUAGUGAAUAAUGGGGAACUAUGUAUUUCUGGUGGUAGAGAUCGGGGCAUGGCAUUAUGGAAUGUUCUAGACAUAACUCCUCAUGAUAAGAGUGACAAUGUGACAACACUCACAGACGCCAAGCCCAGACAUAUAAAAUAUGAUGCUCACUCUGGGUGGGUCUGGGAUCUGGCUCCUGAUAACAUAGAAUCUGCUACAAAAGUAUACUCUGCAUCAUGGGACAAUACUGUCAAAGUAUGGGAUUUGGCCACUGGUUUUGAAUGUAUUGAAACAUUUAAGUGUGGUAUGUCAGCAUUAUCGGUGGUUAGUACUGAUAAUAAUGUAAUGGCGGGAUUAUAUUCAAAAAAAAUUUUAUCAUUUGAUUUACGUGCAGGUGCAAAUCCAGUGAAUGCUUAUAAACCACAUAAAGGUCCAGUACUUGCUCUCCACACUUAUAACAAUAUGGUUGCAUCUGUAAGUGAGGAUAAAACAUUAGCUGUGUAUGAUAAAGUUGCAGGAAAAGUUAUCGCAAAUGAUAUAAAAAUACCAACAGAAAAAGCAUAUCCAGUUUGCAUUAGCUGGACACCAACUGCCUUAUAUAUUGGAGAUUCAAAGGGCUCUUUACACCUGAUGCAUCCUGAACAUCAUAUUCAUGUUAAAUCACAUGAAAUUUGGCCUGAACCACCAAUUAUUAAACCUUCCAGCAAAAUAACAAGUUGUUGUCAAAGUCAAGGAAAUAUGAUUGUUUGCUCGGAUAGAGGGGAGAUCAAGUUUUUCUAUAAUUGCUAUCCACCUCAAGAAUAUACCAGCAUGAAAACCAGCACUUUUGAUGUAACACAGAUGCGAUACCAGAACGGCGUGAUGGUAAUAGGAACGUGUGAUUCUGCACUUGAAUUUUGGGUUCCCAACGAGAAAUAUUCUGAAGUAUAA